CACCUCUCCGGAGCGCACGGUGAAGGGGCGGGUCUAACGGGACAGAGCAUCUCUUUUUUGAGUCCUCAUUCAUUCGCAAAGUCUCUCUCUCGGACUAGACAGCAGAUUACUUACAAAAAUUACCGCUUGCCUCGUUAAACGUGCUUCAUGCGCGCAGACUGUGGAGACAUCCGUGCGCCUUCGCCUCUCCAGAUGAGUGAAAAGCACCGAGACCGGAUGGUUCCCUCCCGAGGUACAAACUUCCGACUGGUGCAAACUUCGCGGCUCAUCCCGGUAUGAUCAUUUCCAACUUGAGCCUGAGCUGCGCGCACUGUCCCGAGGGAGUCGCCCGCAGCACGGAGGCGACGGACGCGUACGAGGAGGUAUCCGGUUCCCUGCCCCCUCCAUCCCUGAGCCCGACUGGGCACCUUGUGGUGGCGGUGUGCCUGGGCUUCAUCGGCACUUUCGGGUUUCUCAGUAACUUCCUGGUGCUCACGCUGUUCUACCGGUACCGGGCUCUGCGCACGCCCAUGAAUCUCAUGCUGGUGAGCAUCUCGGCGAGCGACCUGCUGGUUAGUGUGCUGGGGACUCCGUUCAGCUUCGCAGCCAGCACCCAGGGGCGGUGGUUGAUCGGACGCGCUGGGUGCGUUUGGUAUGGGUUCGUUAACUCAUGUUUGGGUAUUGUUUCCCUCAUCUCCUUGGCUGUUUUGUCCUACGAGCGCUACUGCACCAUGAUGGCGCCGACUAUUGCAGACGGUAGAGACUUCCGCCCAACGCUGGCAGGGAUCUGCUUCUCCUGGCUUUACUCCGUGGCCUGGACCGUGCCUCCGCUGCUGGGCUGGAGCAGAUAUGGUCCUGAGGGUCCCGGCACCACCUGCUCGGUUGACUGGAGGACACGUACGCCAAACAAUAUCUCCUACAUCAUCUGCCUGUUCACCUUCUGCCUCGUUCUGCCGUUCGGCGUCAUCCUCUACUCCUACGGCAAGCUGCUGCACGCCAUCAGACAGGUCCGCAGCGUGAGUUCAGUGGUGACCCGUCGUAGAGAACAGCGGGUGCUGGUGAUGGUUGUCACAAUGGUGGUGUGCUACCUGGUCUGCUGGCUGCCCUAUGGUGUGGCAGCUCUGCUUGCAACCUUCGGUCCACAUGAUCUUUUGACACCAGAGGCGACCAUCAUGCCGUCACUGCUGGCCAAAUUGUCCACUGUCAUCAAUCCCUUUAUCUACAUAUUCAUGAACAAACAGUUUUACAGGUGUUUCACAGCAUUCUUCAGCUGCUCCAUCCCUGAGCAGAGCUCCACCUUAAAGACGUUUUCUCGGGUGACUAAGACGUUCCGCUCCAUCCGCCAUGAGAAGGAACCCCAGGUGUCUGCUGCCGCUCCAUCCACAGCCUUGCCCACACCCCACUCCAUUCACGAGUCCUCGCAGGAAGCCAAUCACGUGGCUCAAUCUCCAACAAAUCAAGACUGUGUGGUUUCCCAAACUCCUACUGCUGUCAGCCUCAAACCUAAACUGAUUCUGGUGGCUCACUAUAGGGAAUAAAAACAGAGACAACAGGAGGUGAAUGCUCAGAGAAACAAGAAGGUGCAAACGAGCGGGAGAACAGGUCUCCAAUUAAGAAACAAAUCCUCUUAAUAGCUGGAAAGAACGAUUGCAGUGGAAGCUCAGUGGGAGUUUUAAAUACAAGCUGGGAUGCUUUAAUCCCAGAACAGGUUAUCAUUGCUGUGUGAGGUCGGCAAACAGGGAUAGAGGCUCUGUGUACAAAUCAGAAGAAAGAUUUGAAGAUUAGGGCUACACAGAGUGCUAUGUGUUAAAACCACACACUUCUGCCAUUAGGAUGUACCCGCCAUAAUCACAUCCAUUGUACACAAGAGCACAAAUGUUGCAUUAAAGCUCACUUACCUCUGCCUAAAGUUUAACAUUAAGGACCAUGUAUUUCUUUCACACUGGAAGACGGAUAAUUCUACCUAAUUUUGCAGAAAUGGUCAGGAAUGUAUGGUCAGAACAUGGCCCACGCAGUGCCAACGUGGAGAGGCAGAUUACAAAACAAGAAGCCUGCUGUUUUAGAAAAAGUGGAUAUUCGCUUUUACUAAAUGUUUAAUCACGAUGAGAUGGGGGUUCUGCUUACAUAAUGGUUGUUUUUGUGGACAGACUCAUGCUUGGUUUUAACAACAGUGCAUUUGGAACGGAUACAUCGGCAACACUUUGAUUUGAGCCCCCGUUAUUUAGCAGCUACUAGCUGUAUAUACAGAUUUACUAAAUGGUUUAUAGCACAUUGUAAUGUGGUUGCAAGUAGAUGUGUCUUUAUGUAAUUAAUUGCAUUCACCACCAUUAUAGUGUGCCAUAAAUCAAGUAUUACAUGUUUCUGUACUGCUUAGAAAUGCUACAUGUGGCGAGCUAAAGCGUUGCUGAUGUAUUUGGUACAGUUUUUCAGAAAUUGUUUUUGAAAUUAAACCCUUUAUUUGCGUGUAUUCAGAUGUGUAUAUUUGUGUGUGUGUGUGUGUGUGUGUGUGUGUGUUUAUGUGUGUGUGUGUGUGUGUGUGUGUGUGUGUGUGUGUGUGUGUGUGUGUGUGUGUUUGUGUGUGUGUGUGUUUAUGUGUGUGUGUGUUUAUGUGUGUGUGUGUGUGGCGGAAUGUGUUAGCUACAAGCCAAGAAUUAGCAUGUUUAUUAGGCCACUGCUAGUAUGUCAGUAUUGGGUAUGGAAAUAAGCACGACUGCACUUUAAUGAUUCAGAUGACCGAAUGCAGAGGAAGAUGUGCCGGUAAAUCAAUUACAAAGAGAAAAGAAAAAAUCCACAGAGUGUUUAAAAAAGCUAAGCUUUUUGCUUGUAUGGAUGUGUGUGUGUGUGUUUUUAUGUAACUAACAGAACCAAUUCAGGAACAUUUUGCAGAACCACAGCGGUCUCUGGCAGCAAUUUCAUAAAUUGUUUGGUGAUGAUUUCUAUCCCUGUUUUUUUUUUUGUUUUCAUUUUGUUUUGUUUUGUUUGUGCAAAGGGGGAAUCCCAAAAAGUUUAUUCUGUUCAACUGGACGUAGUGUUUGCAUUGGGACAAACGUUUUGUCACUCAUCCAAGUGACUUCUUUAGUCUCAGCUGACUGCAGGUUUCCCCAACCUCACAAACAGUACAUUUGCAUAAUAACUGAGACUAGCACACUAAAGGAACAAUGGGCUGUGAGGUCAGUUCCUUGAUCAUUAAUAUGCAAAGUGUCAUGACCAUUGAUCAGCAACCAGUGACCCAUUCACAGAGAGUUGGGGAAUGUCUGCAAUCACAGCAUUGUAAGAUGGGAAAAGAUGUACCCUUAGGCCCCCUCCUUGAUUCAGAGGUGGUCUUUCCUUUUCACAUAAAUGGCCUUCAAUGUCCAGGUGUGUACAUCCUCAUCACUGAAAGAGUGUCCACUGGUCUGUAGGUGUGAAUAAACUGCAGAGUGCCGGCCUGGCGAGUUAGCUCUCCUGUGUUGUGCCAUCUGCUUAGCCAGAGAUUGUUUAGGUUCGCUGAUGUAUAAAUCAUGGCAAUCCUGUGGCACUUAACAACGUACACUAUAUUACUCUGUUUGUGCUGGGGGACCUGAUCCUUGGGGUUGACUAAGUAUUUAAGGUUCGGGGGUGGCUGUAGCUCAGGAGGUAGAGCAGGUCACCUACUGAUUGGAAGGUUGGUGGUUCUGGCUCCUCUAGUCUGCAUGCCAAGUAUCCUUGGGCAAGAUACUACCUCCGAUGCAUCCAUCGGAGUGUGAAUGUGUGUGAAUAUCAUUAGAAAAGCGCUCAGUUUAGAGUCAGUGCUUGUGAGAAUGGGUGUGAUUGGGUGAAUGUGGCAUAUUGUAUACAGCGCUUUGAGUACUCUGGGAGAGUAGAAAAGCUAUAUAAGAAUUAGUCCAUUUACCAUGACUCUCAUCAUCCACUGGAGUAUGCUGGGCAUACUCAGGACGCUACAACACCAGCCCCACAGAUACAGCGGCCAGGGAAGCAGAAGAACAUCAUAUCAAGAAGGCCCUGAGUAAAUGUGGUUACAUUUGUGAAAUCCAGGACAAUCCAGGAGAGAAUAAGGACAACUGCUGCUUAAGCAAAAGGCCUUAGUGAUCUGUUGAUGUGUCAGAAGUAUCAGAACAGCUGAGAUGCAUUUUCUAUAAACACAGCAUCUCCAUGGCUUUCAAACCCCAAAACCUGCUGCACCAAAAAUUGGUCCACUCCAAGGAUCCUGUUCCCCGACACAAGCAGAGUAAUAUAGUAAUAUAGUGUACGCUGUUAAGUGCCAGGAGGAGUGCCAUGAUUUAUACAUCAGGGAAACCAGACAACCUGUGGAUAAGGAAAUGCACAACACAGAAGAGCAAACUCGUCAGACCAAGACUCCUUAGCCUAUCUACAGGCCAUGGACACUCUUUCAAUGAUGAGGAUGUACACAUCCUGGACAGGGAGGAACGCUGGUUUUAGCAGGGAGUCGAGGAGGCCAUUUAUGUGAAAAACGAAAGACCAUCUCUGAAUCGAGGAGGGGGCCUAAGGGUACAUCUUUCGCCAUCUUACAAUGCUGUGAUUGCAGCCAUUCCUGAACUCGCUGUAAAUUGUUACUCAUGGCCAUUUGUCAAUUGUCAUUAAUCAAUGGUCUUUGAUCAGUGGUUGUUGAUCAUUUGUGAUCAAGAAACUGACAUCACGGCCCAUUGUUCGUCAGUUGUGCUAGUUUCAUUCAUAAUGCACAUGUACUGUUUAUACGGUUGCGGAAACCUGCAGUCAGCUAAGACUGAAGAAGUCACUUAGAUGAAAACGCUACAUCCAGAUAAGCAGAAUCAACUUUUUGGAAUUUCCUUACCUGGAUGAUGGUUUUGAUAUUUUGUCAGCUAUGUUUGCAGAUACUGUAGCAGGAUUUUUUUUUUCCAACUUCAAUUUGGUUGAAGAAGGAGGGUAAGCAUUUUUUCCUGACCCAAUUUCCAAACCAGUAGGCUAUUAGAGGAUUUGAUACAGAGUAUUAAGGAUUUGUUGAGUAAUUUCAUGCAAUUUAGUACUGAGAUGGUUUUUAUUAGAUCUUUAUUUACACUUUGCUGCAUAUAAGCCUCCUGUCACCAGAGCCGGGACUGUUACAAAAGCCAUUAAAGGGACAUUCCACCAUGUUACAUGGGACAUGUAAGGUAUUUCAGUGUUUUGAGUUGCUGAUAUUUCUAAAACUGCUGCGUCUCUCUGUUUGGUGGCAGUGUGGUUUUGUGUUGUCUCCUAAUGUACUUUCCUUUGCUUAUGUAACAUAAAUGAAAUAAUGUCCGAAACAGA